AGAUCAUUCACCGGUUCGUCAUCAAGACCGCCAUUGUUUCUUUUGAUGUUUGCUUCUCAGGAAGAUGAAGAAAAAAUGAACCAAAUAAAAGGAUAAAGAAAAUUUUGUUUUUAUUUAUUGGUGUGAUUUCUUUCUAGGUCUCCGUCCUUUGUUCAAAACACCAACUUUAGCUCACCCGCUUAAAUAGCAUCCAAUUCCUCCAAGUAUCCAACAUUUGAUUUCACGUUUUGGGUUUUGCCUUUUCAUCAUCCCCAGUAACAGAAAAAAUAAACAAUCCCACAAAACACAGGAAAAAUCACUACUUUUGAAGUUUUCAAAGACCAAAGCUUUCACCUUGAUGAUGGUUGCAUGCGAGAGAUGACGCGUCAUAUCUGAACUGGGUUUUUCUCCUUUUUGCGUGGUAAAUGGGAAACGUGACGUCGAAUGUGGCGGCGAAGUUUGCGUUUUUCCCUCCGGAGCCGCCGACGUACGAGGUGUACCUGGAGGAGGAGGGGAGGUUGGUUCUCUCAGGGCUGACGGCGGAUAAGAAUGUCGAUGUGCAUUUGCUUGAAACCAAAGCGGGAAAUAAGGUCGUUGCCACCUUUUGGAAGCACCCUUUUGCCCGGUUCACGCUAUUGUAUUCCCAUGGCAAUGCUGCAGACUUGGGUCAGAUGCAUGAGCUCUUCAUCGAGCUCAGAGCACACCUUCGUGUCAAUAUCAUGAGUUAUGACUAUUCAGGAUAUGGAGCCUCAACUGGCAAGCCGACUGAGCUCAACACAUAUUAUGACAUAGAAGCAGUAUACGAUUGUUUGAAGAGAGAUUAUGGAGUAAAGCAAGAAGAAUUGAUAGUGUAUGGCCAAUCUGUUGGAAGUGGGCCAACUUUGCACUUGGCUUCCCGAUUACAAAAAUUGAGAGGAGUUGUCCUUCACAGUGCCAUCCUUUCAGGCAUAAGGGUAUUAUAUCCUGUCAGGAUGACAUUUUGGUUUGACAUUUUUAAGAAUAUAGACAAAAUACGGCAUGUCAACUGUCCGGUUUUAGUUAUACAUGGGACAAAUGAUGAUAUUGUUGAUUGGUCUCAUGGGAAGCGGUUGUGGGAGCUUUCCAAGGAAAAGUAUGAUCCUUUAUGGGUCAAGGGUGGUGGCCAUUGCAACCUUGAGACUUAUCCCGAGUACAUUAAACAUUUGCGCAAGUUCAUAAACGCGAUGGAGAGGCUCUCCCUUACAAAGCCUACAAAAGAACUCACUUCUGUCGCAAGCAUUACAGAAACCAAACACAAUAAAUGCUUGAGAUUUGGGAAAUAAUAGUAUGUUACAAAAUAGUAGUGAUCAAAACAGGUAGUUUUACCGUAGUAAGUAUGAGUCCAGCUCCAAGAAUCAGUGUAGCUUGCCGUUCACUCUAUGGACCCAGUGAUUGUUAUCCAAGGUUAUUGUGCUUGGUUAUCUUCUGAGAUUAACAACUGAUCAGAACCAUAUACACUCAUGCGAGCCAUGUCCUCGAGGGUGAUCCGGUUCCUUUUCUGAUUAACAAUUUUCAGGUGUGGGGCGAUUGCGAUGGUCUGGAUUUCUUGUAUAAUUAACAAAGUUGGUCAAU